AUGGAUUCACGCUGGCACGCAGUCGAAUCCGGACUAGCACAGUGGCGCAGGCGGCUGGACGCCGCCCUUCCGGGCCGACUGGCUCAGGUUGCCGAGUGGCUGGCGCAGACCGAGGAAAGGCUUCGCAACGACAAGCUCGCUUUGGGACAGAUGGACGCUGCCACCGUAGCCUCUAAACUGGCCGAACACCAGUCUAUCCUAAGCGACCUGGACGAAGUGAAGAGGUGGUUGGCCGACCAAAAAUCGUCGCCGACCGUCGUGGCCACCGUGGCUCCGGAGCACUUGGCCGACAUCGAGCAGCGGCUCGAAGCCCUGUCCUCGCUCGUCUGCAAGCGCCAGCUGCUGCUGGAGAUGGAGCGCCGCAAGCUCGCGCUGAUGGCGCUCGUGCGAUCCGUCGAACAGCACGUCACCCAGCUGGAACAGAAGCACGGAUCUCGCCCUCAGGUCGAGGAGCUCCUGCGAAGGCAUAGGGACCUCCUGGAAAGGGACCAGGUGUUCCAGCAGUUUGACCGCCUCUUCAGGGAGCUCCAAGAGGCCUUGGACAUGUGCCAGAGGGGAUCAGCCCUCGGAUUUCAAGAGGUCGACGACCAGGCAAGGUUCUUGAGUGACAUCCACGACCACUGGACCAAGCUGUCAGCCCGCCUACGCACCUCCGGCAACAUUCUCAGCGAGGUCGUGGUGCAGUGGCAGAAGUACGACACACUCUAUGGACCGGUCGUUCAGUGGCUGGAUCGGGCCGAAAUCGCACUCCAGUCCAGUCUUGCUCAGAAACAGGAGUUCUUCCAGGAUCUUCCUGCCUGGAAUGAAAAGAAGAAGAAUGUUGUCGAGUCGGGAGACUAUCUUGCUGCAACCUGCCGAGAGGACAUUGCAUCGAAUAUCAGAGCCCAAGUUCAGUCCAUCAAGCAAAGAUGGGACUCGCUGUAUCCACAGAUGCACCCCUUCCUGAGCAGCGGCGAAUCGCUACGGGCAACGCAGCAGUUCCAGACAGGCCUGGACAACCUAAAGCUCUGGCUGCAGCAGGCAGAGCACCUCCUCACUGCCCAUGUGCCCUGUGACGUGCCUUCACUGGAACAACACGCUGAAGACCUGAAGAGGUUCCAGAACACGAUGGAAGAACAGCGGUCGCAGUACAAAGCCCUGUCCAGAACAGCUCAGGUUCUGGUUCGAGACCUAAGUCGUACCGAAGUUGACAAGAUGAUGGCUGACAUGAAGAAGGAAAAAGAAAACCAGGUUCGCAUGGAAGCACGUUGCUCUCAGCGGCUUUGCACUGUGACCCAAGUGACGUCCCUGGUCCGUGCCCUGGACGCUGACCUGGAUCGUCUGGAUCGCUGGCUCGACAAGGCGGAGGAUGCCAUUGCUACUUACGCUGUGCCGAACACGCAGACUCUGGUGCUGGAGCAGCUUGAGAAGCACAGGGCGUUCUUCUCUCAACUGACUCCCAUGAAAGCGCUCCUGACGACGAAAAACAAGACGCAUAGGGAGUUGAGGGAGGAAGUUGGGGCCUGCCCAGGUCUGGACACGUCCAGGGUGGACGCCAGGAUGGCCCAGCUCAAUGAUCGUUUCCAGAACUGUUCCUCAUUGGCCGAGCAGUGGGAGCGCGCCCUGCAGGAGGCGGCCAACAGGUGGGAGAACAUCAAUGAUGCCGAAAAGAAAGCGCUGGACUGGCUCGGCAAAGCAGAGAUGCACGUCUCUGACAAGAGGGAUCCUGAAGCUGCCAGGGCCUUCUUCAGCAAGCCCUACGAACACAUCUUGCUUCGGGUGAUCCAGACAAGCAAAGAUGUUCUCGCCACUUUGCCUCCUGAAGACCACCCACCUAUCGAGGCCAGGGUUCAGCACAUCAAGGAAAAAUGGAAGGCUGUACAACAGAAGCUGCCUAGGCUCAACGAUGACGAGCUGUUCUCAGAACUCCGGGAAUCAUUUGACCGAAACCUGGAGACCCUCAACAAGGAGCUGGACGAAGAGAAGAAGCUCAUUGACAAGGGUGGAAACCUUCGCGUCAUUUUGACACGUCAUGAAGAGUACUUCAACAAGUCCCGGGAGAUGGGCACGCUGCAAGACUGCCUGGAGGAGAUGCAGCAGCUGGCACAGUCGUGUCCCAGCCACCAGGCGCCCCUGUCCGACUGCCAGAGCCGCUUCCGGGUGCUGCACGAACGCAUCGUCACCACCAACCGCAUCCUCCAGGUGCCCAAGGACGAGUGGGUCGAGUACUCCAAGAAGUUUAACGGAAUCCUUACCUGGAUGGACCAAGUGGAUCAGCGAAUUGAACAACUCAUGCAGAGUGACACCAGCUCAGCCUCCACCUAUGAAACGCAGAGAACCGAGUUCUUGGACAUCUGCGAGACAGUCGACGCUCGCCGGGGUGACCUGGACUGGCUGAACCAGCGGCUGGAGUCUCUGGUGCCAGGCAUGGAGCCUCAAGAAGCCAAGAAGGAGAAGGAUCGACUGGCUGGCUUGGUGGCUCGUUACGGUGCCCUCUUGCCCGUCAUGGAGACCACUACGAUCGUUUCCGAAACUGUGUCCAAGUGCUACCUGUACCGAGAGGAAGUCACUCAGGUCACGCGCUGGCUGAGAGAGGUUCGAGAGUCCAAAGUGGUUCCCGAAGAAAUUCCUCUUGACAAUCCAGAGAAACUGGAGCAGAUGGUGCAGAAACAAAAGGAAGUGGUGGAGGAACUCGAGAAGCGUCAGGGAAGUGUCCUGGAAAGCAUCAAGUCAGGAAAAGACCUGCAAACUGUGAAGGGUGCCCCAGAAUUUGUGUCUAGCGACGUGAAGAAGCUGGAAGAAGAAUGGUCCCAGGUGUACCACGAAGCAAUUGAAAAACUCGACCGUAUGACAAAGGACAGCCAGCGCUGGCAGGAGUUUGAGAAGCUUCGGCAAGAGAUUCUGCGCCUUCUGGCUCAGGCUGAGCAGGAGCUGGUCAACAUCGGACUCCUGGCUGACAUGGAGCAGAAGAAGCUGGAACAGUGCAUCCAGGAGAAGCAGGAAGCCGCCAAGAAACUGCAGGAGUCGAUGGACAGCAUGCUUUCCCGGCUGCGAUCGCUGGCCGACGAGCUGUCUGCACAGCUGGGCCCCCAGAGGGAGACCCUGCUGCGUGCCGAGUUGGACAAGACGGAGCGCAAGACGACCACCAUCCUGACCACGGUACACGAGACAGUGCAUCGGCUGGAGACAGCAGCCAGCAAGGGCACCGACCUGUCCGACCGCCUGUCCCGCCUCAGCCAGUGGCUGGACACGGCUCAGGACAAGCUGACAGCGGCCACCGAUGGCCCGGUACCCGAGCAGCUGGAGGAAGUCCAGGACCUGAGCAAGGAGAUUGAGGCCAAGCGUGAGGUCCUGGAGCAGCUGGAGAAGGAGACGCAGGAGCUGCAGGGUCAGCGGCCGGAGCUGGCCCAGAUGGCCACGUCGCUGCAGUCGCAGCUGAAGGAGCUCGACCAGGAGGGCAAGGAGAUGAAGCAGGAGCUCAGCGACCGGCAGAUCCGCAUCGAGGUGCUCCGCGAGCGCACCGUGCACGAGCGCAGGGAGCUCGAGGACACGGAGGCCAACCUGGACCAGGGCCUGCCCACGCCCGACUCGCUCGAACAGCUUGCCGCCAAGCAGGAGCAGCUCCGGAAACUUUACGAAGUCACAAAAAAGAAGAUCGAUGCCCUUUAUGAACUGGCCGCUGAGGCGGGAUCGGAUGAACCAGACCUGCAGCGCACCCUGGCUGAAAUCAUGGAACGCUGGAAACAAAUCAAGAACAUCUUGGAGCUGAAGGAGUCGCUGAAAACCUUGCCAACUGAAGUGACCCGCAAACAGCAAACUCUGAGUGAGUUGCAGAGCAGCAUUGAACAGCUCGGGCCUGGUUUGUCCCACACGGCAUUGUCAGCCCUGCAUGCUCAGGUUUCUGAGCUGCGGAAGCGUGCCAACGACCUGGCGGCCACAGUGCGCCAACUGGUGAGUCAGCUGACCUCCCAGCUGUCGGAGCGGGAGGAGCUGAUGCGACGCGUAGAGCUGUGCCACGCGGUUCUCAACCAGCUGAGGCAGGAGGCUGAGGAGGCCAGCGACAUCAACAUGGGCCAGCUGGAAGGGCAGCUACGCAAAGUGCAGAUAAUGAAAGAGGAGCUAACGAGCAAGAAGGCUGAAAUUGAGACACUCGGGCAGACAUUGUCUGAGCUCUCCGAGACCCUUCCGCCGGAGCCUUCUGAACAGCUCCUCAAGAGCCUGGAGAGCCUAAGGUCAACGCUCGAGGAACUGUGCAAGCUUCUGGAGAAGCGAGAAGAACUCCUGCAGGGCGCCGUCAGGUUCCAGUCAUGGCAGAAAGAUUUCAUAGAGCAGGUGCGGCUGGUGCAGCAAAACGUAGAGUCCCAGCGUGCCAAGGUGGAUAACCUCGAGGAGACGGCCAAGGAGUUGCGCAACCUGAACGAGCAGCUGAAGAAGAAAGUUCCCGAGGCCACCAGCACCGACAAGUUGGCCACAGAGGUGCAAGUUACCUUUAGGGACAGCAGUACCAACAACGUGACAAGCCUGCGCGGACAAACCGAGAAGUUGCAGGGCCACCUGGACAAGGUGGGGAAAGUGCUGCAGAAGAAGCAGGAAGAGGUCACUCAACUCGAGAACAAGUGGGACAACUUCAACAAAAAGUUGGAGGGCACCAAGCACUUUGUGACCACCACGACCGAGACGCUGCACAGCCUGCAACCCAAGUCGGCCACACCCGAAGCCCUCGCUGUCAUGGUCAACGAAGUGGAACAACUCCAGAAGAAGCUCCAGGAGCAGCAGAACGCUCAGGAGUCCACCCAGCAGUUGGGUCGGUCGCUCAUCGAAGCGGAUGCGUCCUGCUUCCCCAAGGUCCAGGAACCACUGGGCUCCUUGGCCUCCGACUGGGAGAACCUGUCCUCCGAAGUGACCAGGACGCUCAAGCUCUUGGGAUCCACCCAGAGCCUGUGGAAGGAAUGCCGACAGCUAGAGCACAAGCUCGACGACACAAUGGACAAAGUGGAGAAAACGUUGGAAGAGGUGGAGGCUGCUCCGGCUGAAGAUGGGAAAGCUCUCACUGAGAACGCAGAAAAAGUUGGGGCUCAGCAGGAAGAAGUUCGCAAACAACAACCAGCCUUCGACUCGUACCAGCAGAAGACGCAAGAGCUCAUCGAGAAGACCGAAGCCAUCGAGAGCCUCGCCCCGGCUGGCGAAGAGCUCAAGGAGUCGCUCAAGAACCGCGAGGACCGCUGGCGCAAGGGAGCCCAGAUGCUGCAGUCCAUGCUGCGCGACCUCGAGGGACGUUACAACGUCUGGAAGCAGGCCGAGAUGACCCGCGAGGAAAUCCUUGCCUGGCUCGAGGACAUCUGCCAGUGCAUGCGCGGGGCCCUGGACCACCUCGCCCAGGGAGAGCAGGGACGGUCUGUGCUGGACCGCUACGAGACGGAGCUAGAGACCCAGCAGCAGCUGUUCACCAACCUCCAGGAGCAGCUGGAGUCGCUGGACAUGCCGCAGGCUCUGGAUUCGGCUCGCAGUUCCAUCCAGUGUGGCUUUGAAGAAGCACAGGACCUGGCUGACCGCCUGCGCUCCAUGCUGAGCCAGGUGGAGGAGCAGGAGGCUGACGUCAAGACGGAGAUGGACAAGUUUUCUGACUGGCUGCGUCAGCAGAAGGAGGCCCUGUCACGCUGCGAUAACACCACGGGCUCUGACGAAGUGCUAUUGCAGCGUCUGGAGGAGUGCCGGAAACUGGAAGAAGCUCUGAACAAAAAUGAUGGCCUGGCCCGAAUCGAGGAGAAGAUGGCGAGGCUGGUGCGCAACCAGCCAGACCUGGAGGUUCGCCACCUCCAGAGGGAACAGGACAAGCUGAAAACCAGGCUCGAAGGAGCCAAGAACCAGGCUUCGAGGACUGCAGCAGCACUGCUCUCCAUUCUCGAUCGCCACCACCAGGGAACGCUGGCCGAACUGCAGCACUGGCUUUCCACGGCCAACGACAAACUGGCGUGGUGCAGCGGAGGUGACGAAGGAGCCACGCACGGUGACCGCUUUGGUCUCGAGGCUCGGCUGGUCACAUUGCAGGAACUGGAAUCUACCCUGGAGCAAGGAGAGAAGCGACGCGAGCAAUACUGCAAUGCCGUCAACCUGCUGAGCCAGGCGUGCGGGCCCGAACGCGUUCCCUCGCUGCAGGACGAGUGCAGCCGCAUCUGCACCGAGUGGUCCACGUUCACCUCGACUUUGACACAAACGAGGGAGGCCCUCAAGCGCAGCCUGGACCAGUGGCAGCACUUUGAGACGCUUUUCGAGAGCCUCUCAGAUUGGCUGCGAGAUGCCGAGGCGAGAGCCAAGAGCGAGGCUGCCAGUCAAGUUGACCUGCCACUGCUCAAGGAUCAAAUUUCCAUCCUGAAGUCCUUGCUGGAAGAAGUGCAUGGCCAGAAGCCCAGCAUGCAAGAGCUGGAGUCAACUGUGACCAGUGUCACAGCUCACGUGCCGGACACCCAAGUGCCCAACCAGGUGUCCCAGUUGACAGCCCGGCUGAUGAACUUGGAAGCCACACUGCAGGGUGCACUUGCACAGCUGGAGCAGCUGGAGCAGACACAGAAGGCCUUCGAGCAGGCCAAGCAAGACCUGCGUGACUGGCUAUCCCAAAUGGAAGCCAGUCUAGACGGCUGCAAGAACGUCCCCGGUGACCAGAAGGCAUUGGAGGCUCACCUCAAGAGGUUGCAGGAGCUGCAGAAGCAGAAGGGAGCCGGACAGGCGCUACUUAACGCAGUGGUGGACAAUGGUGAGUCCAUGUACCUUUCGUUGAGCGUGGAGAGCCGGGACCUGGUGCGCAAGGAGACCAGGGGCCUGCGUGACGCCUGGGAUUCGGCCUGGGACAAGCACACCGCCCUGGUGAAGGGACUCGAGUCCUCUCUCAUGGCUUGGAGUGGAUUCCAGGACAGCUGCGGCCGAGUUGCCUCCUGGCUUGCGGACAUGAACACGCUUAUUGGAAGCGACGUGGAACUCAAGCCGAAUUUGUCUGAGAAACAGUUGCAGCUCCAGAACAUCAGGGCACUGUCCCAAGAUGUCAUGUCACAUCAAGCAGUGGUCUCCAAGCUGCAGACCAAGAGCCAGGAGCUCAAAGAGACGUCGAUGGCGGGACAAGUUGAUGGCUUGGUGUCUGACUAUGAAGCACUCUGCACUCGGACGAAGGCAAACAUCGCUCAGUGCGAGAAACGUGUGAGUGAACACGAAUCCUACCAGCACAGCCUUGAACGUUUCCUGGACUGGGUCAGCACGCUUAAGGCUACUGUUGAUGGCCCCGAGGAACAAGGUGACAUGGAAGCCGUCAAGGCCAAGAUGGCUGCAUACGCGCUGGUGUUGGAGAGCGAGCCGGAGGCCUGCGCCAAGCUGGAGCACCUGCGGGACGCCCUGGAGUCGCGCGUGCUGCCCGGCACCUGCCCGUCGGGACACGAGGCGCUGCAGGAGCAGUACGCAGCUGCGCGAGCCCAGUGGGAGGCCCUGCUGGACGCCUGCGAGGAGGGCCACUCCCACGCCAAGGAGACGCUGGACCGCUGGGACGAGGCCACCAAGACGCUGGACGAGCUGGAGCAGUGGCUGGCGUCGCAGCGGGCCCGCUGCCAGGACAUUCCGCUGCAGGCCACCGCGGAGGCCAAGCGGCAGCAGCUGGACACGCUGAAGAAAGUGGAGCAGGACGUCGUCGCCAAGGAAGGGGACUUCUCUGCACUGUCCAAGAAUGCCCAAGCCGCGCCAACGGACACCAUCAUGACACCUCAGCUGGACAAACUGCGCAGCAAAUACCACCUGCUCAGGAACACCGUCAAGGAGGCCGUAGCCAAGUGGGAGAAGCUGGCCAAGAAGCACGAGGCCUUCGACAAGCUCCUGGCCGAGCUUGAGGAGUGGCUCACGCAACCUGAAAAGGAACUCGAUGAGAUUGUGGAGGCAAAGGCUGACUUGGCCUCAACGCAGGAUCAAAAGAACAAACUUGAGAACUUGAGCGAUCGCCUGGCCCAGCGAAGCAGCAGCAUGGAUGAACUCGUGGAGUCUGGCGAACGCCUGUACUCUCACACUGCGCCCGAUGGCAGGGAGACCAUUCGGCAGCAGCUCAGGCAUGUCAAGGGUCGCUGGCAGACCCUCGUGGAGCGGUCAACCGAAGCCCUGGCCGAGCUGGACCAACGGCUGCAGCAGUUGUCGGGCCUGUCCCAGAGUCAGGACCAACUGCGUCAGUGGAUCGCGGAUGUCAAGACAGCCCUGGACAGCUGCAGCCAGCCCCGAGCCACGCUUCAGGAGAAGAAGGCUCAACUUCAGACGCACAAGGUGGUUCACCAGGACAUUUUGUCCCACCAGCCAGCCAUAGACAGCAUGUGCGAGCGUGCACAGAACCUUUCGGCCACUGCUGCUGGCAAGGACACUCUCGGAGACCACGUUCAGAGCACCAAGGCUGCUUUCCAGGAGCUCUGUACAAGGUCACAGGGUUUGACUGGCCAGCUGACGUCAGCUGUGGAAGAGCACCAGAAGCUGGUGGACAAGGUGGUGGCCUUCCAGGACUGGAUCCAGAGCUUCCAGGAUCAGCUGCAGGAGCAUAAGGACACCACGGGAGAGAAGAAGGCCAUUCAGGGACGCCUUGAACAGCUUACGGAACUGACCGAGAAGAGCAAAGAGGGCGAGGUGCUGCUGUCUGAGGUCCGAGAGCAGAGCCAGGUAGUGUCGGCCCGCAGCUCCCCGCAGGGCCAGGCGCUGCUGUCGCGGGAACUGCAGGGGCUGCAGGAGCUCUUGGGCAAGACGCUCACCUCGCUGCAAGAGGCACGGCGCAACCUGGAGAACACGCUGCAGCAGUGGGGGGCGUACGAGUCCCACUUGGCAUCCCUCACCCAGUGGCUGUCGGACACGGAGGCCGAGCUGCGCGCCCCUCAAAUGCCUGCUUCGCUCGCCGACAAGGAGGCCCUCUCUGCACGUGGAAAGGAGCUGCGAAGCAAGAUUGCUGAGAAACAGAAAAGCGUGGACAGCUUUAUCGAUGAGGCCCACUGCCUUCUCCAGCUGUCCGGUGUGGAGCUCGUGCGAGCACAAAUGUCGCAGUGCAAUGCCAGAUACCAGUCCCUGCUGGCGACGAUAAAGGACUUGGCUGCUCGCUGGGAAGGCAUGGAGAAAGACCAGCGAGAGUACGAGAAGGCCAUGGCUAGCUGCAACGCUUGGCUCGACGAGGCGGAGCAGACGCUGAGUCAGAUCCAGAGCGACACUGCAGCACCCGAAGAGAAGCUUACUCGACUUGAGACGCUGGUUGUGGGCAAGGUUCAUGGACAGCAGCAGCUCAACCUGGCUUCUCGCCUUGGAGAGCACCUGUACCAAGAUACUGCAGCUACAGGAAGAGAUCAGGUGCGACUUGAGCUGCGCAAACUGCACGAGCGAUGGGAGUCUUUGGAGUCCAAGAUCACAGAACUGCAGAAGCAGCUGCAAUUGCAGAGCCAUGCUCGCAGCAGCUUUGUUGAUUCAUUGAGCCAGGUCCAGAUGUGGCUUGACAAUGCCGAGAAAACCGUUUCCGAAGCCCGAGACAAGCUCCCGUCACUCCAGGAAGCACAGGGGCGUCUACACUCACUCAAGCUGCUGCAACAAGAGGCAGGGCUGCAGCGACGGCAGCUGGAUUCCUUGGAAGAGAUGUCACGGGGCGAUGCAUCAUCUAAGGAGAGCCUCGAAACAACAUCAACACGCCUUGGUAUUGUCACUGAGGAACUGAAGACGUUGCUGGCCAGCCUCGAGAAGCUGUCGGCGCUGGCGCAGGAGCAACGCGAGCGCAAGGAGCAGCUCGCCGCCUGGCUCGAGCAGAUGCACGAACGACUCGACCUGUGCCGAGACAUCACCGGAAGCCGACCCGUGCUCAAGACCCGCCUCGACAAGCUUCAGGAGCUGGAGAAGCAGCAGCCCGAAGGGGCGUGCAAGGCCCAGGCGCUGGCCGAGUGCACAGCGACGCUCGUGACGCUGCUGACACCACGUGAGCGGGCCGCCCUGGAGCAGGAGAGCGGCACGCUGGAGGGCAGCGUGGCACGGCUGGGCGCCGAGGUGGAGCAGGCGCGGCACGCCCUGUCGGCGCAGCUCCGCCUGUGGGACGCAUACGAGGAGCACUACGAACGACUGCUGGGCUGGCUGCAGGGUGCUGAGCAGACGGUGCAGCAGUUUGCCCUGCAGGCCACCCUCGACGAGAAGAGGCAGCAGCUGGACAAGUUCCAGAGCCUGCUGAGCGAACUACAUGCCACAGAACGAGACUUCGACUCCCUCUCGGACAAGGCUCAGGAGCUGAUGGUGUCCAGCGGAGAGAUGCGGCUUUCCAUGGCUGUCAGCCAGCUCACCGCACGCUUCCAGUCUCUCUUGGAGACCUGCAAGGAGUUGGUGAAGAAAUGUGAGCAGCACGUCCAGGAUCACUCCCAGCUUGAGAAGAAGCAUGCUGAGUGCGCCAAGACUCUAGCCCAGGCGCAGGAAACGUUUGUCGAAAUUCAGGCGCUUCCAAGCGGCAACAAGGAGAGACUCACCCACAAGCUGGCACGAGUGAAGGAGCUGCUGCAGGGCAAGAGUGAGGCCCUGAACCUGGUGAAUGCGACGGUGCAGCUCGCCGAGCAGGUCCAAGUGGGCAGCUCCCCUGAGGGCUGGAAGGCCAUACAGGGGCUCCUGCAGCAGCUGCAGUCGGCCUACGAGGCCGUCUUCGACAAGGCCCAGAACCUCGAGCGCGUGCUGCAGUCGUCACAGUUCCUCUGGUCCGAGUACCACGAGGCCCUGCAGAGGCUGCAGACCUGGCUCAAGGGCCUCGACCGCCAAGGCAGAGGGGGCCUCGCGCCUCUGCACCACUCUAGACGAGAAGAAGGCGCACCUCCGCACUUGCCGAGGUCUCCUUGCAGAGCUUAACGAACGUGAGCAAGCCAUAGAAGACAUCCAGAUCAAGGCUGAAGCCAUCGCUGACCGUGACAAUGAGUCCCAGGAGAUGCUGGAUUCUGUGGUUAAGGGCCACAAGGAACAGACACAGAAGCUUCAGGAGGCAGUGAAGUUCUUGGAGGAUGCAGUCACCCAACACGAAGAGCUGAGCAAGCACUUGGGCAACGUCCGAGACUGGCUGAGUAGCACACAGGAACAAGCCGUGGCACUUUCGAACCUCGGCCUCGACCAGCUGGCU